CGCAAACUUUGAGUCAAAAAGGGGGUUGAACCGAGGACGUGUGCGCGAGGAGGGCGAGUCCUGCUGGUCAUCCUCAGCUUCUCUGCACUUCAAACGAGUCGCUCACUUAAUCCCGGAUUGUAACCUGCUGCACGCGCCCAUAACCAUGAGGACAAACGUAUGGAUUUACCAAGCUCUGCUGUGCGUGGUGGUCACUCUCGUGGACACAGGUUGUUGUAAAAAGUCUCAUCAGUUAUUGCAGAAGUAUGAGAAGACGGAGAGCCACAUGCUGGUUUGCACAGACUGUCCUCAGCCCGCACUGGUCCGGAAGAGCCGCUCGCAGGAGCACUGCGCUCGAAAAUGCAAUAAGGUCAAGAAAAACUUCAGCUGCAGGGCUUUCAACUUUCAAAGGCACAACAGGAAAUGCCACUUGCUUCCUUUUGACCGUUUCACCCACGGUGUGCAGAAGCAAGCCAACAUCAACUUUACUUUGUAUGAAAAAAAAGAUUACGUUAGGGAGUGUAUCAUCGGAACCAAGGACAACUACAGAGGGAGGAGGUCUUGGACCAAGUCGAACAUCACUUGCCAAGCUUGGUCGGAUAAUAACAUCAAUGAACACACGUUCUAUCCCGAUCGGUACCCGACGCAGGACCUGAGGGAGAACUUCUGCCGGAAUCCCAACAACGACCCCGGUGGUCCGUGGUGCUACACCACAGACCCCAACGUCCGAGCCGAGGAGUGUGGCAUACCUCAGUGUUCAGAAGAAGUCUGCAUGACUUGUAAUGGGGAGAGUUACCGGGGGAAAAUGGACCAUACAGAGAGCGGCAAGGAGUGCCAGAGAUGGGACUCAGCCAGACCUCACAAACACCGCUUCCAGCCCAAAAAGUACCGAGACAAAGAUUUAAGGGACAACUACUGCCGUAAUCCGGAUAAUCGUCUCCGUCCGUGGUGCUACACCAUGGAUCCCAAGACUCAGUGGGAGUACUGCAACAUCACUGUGUGUGAUUCAGACCCCAGUGAGGAAUCCGAUGCGAACGUCACGACGUCCUGCGUCCAGGGAAAAGGCGCCGAUUACAAAGGGACGAUGAAUGUCACUCCAGAGGGCGUGACGUGCCAGCGCUGGGACUCGCAGUUCCCGCAUAACCACACUUUUCUCCCCCAGAACUUCCAGUGCAAUGUGUGUGUGUGUUACAGAGAUCUGAGAGAGAAUUACUGCCGUAACCCCGACGGCGCGGAUUACCCAUGGUGCUUCACGACAGACCCUAAUCAGAGGAGAGCAAACUGCACCCACAUCCCCAGAUGUGAUGCAGAGGCCUCACAAAAAAUAGAGUGUUAUGAGGACAAUGGAGAGAUGUACCGCGGCACUUUAUCCAUAACUCGGUCUGGGAUUCCCUGUGCGGACUGGUCCCAUCAUAUAACCAGUGGGGAUUCUCACUCUACAGUAUCCUCUGUAGGGCUGGAGAGGAACUACUGCAGGAACCCGGACAGGGACAAACACGGCCCCUGGUGUUACACCAACCCAAAUAACCGCCUGGCCUGGGAUUACUGCAAACUGAAGCACUGUGAAUCAUCUACAGUGACUCCCCAACCAACCAGUCCGACAAGGCCCAAGAUAUCGUGCUUUGUGCAUAUAAACACCAGAAUAGUCGGAGGACAUCAAGUGCGUGGCACGGAUGGCAGCUGGGUUGUAAGCAUCCAGAGAGAGAAGGCUCAUAUAUGUGGUGGCUCGCUCAUCAGGGAAGACUGGGUAUUGACUGACCAGCAGUGCUUCACAUCCUGCGUUCCAGAUCUGCGGGACUACAGCGUGCAGGUCGGCCUGCGCAACCUGAGCCAGUCUUCCAGCCACCCCAGGCUGCGCAUCUCCCGACUCAUCUGUGGGCCGGAGGGAUCCAAUCUGGUCAUGUUGAAACUAGUUGACCCCGCCCCUGUGUCUGAGGGUGCCUCCACCAUCCAUCUUCCGGUAAGGGAGUGUCACAUCACCGAAGGCACCAACUGCACCAUGUAUGGAUGGGGGGAAACCAAAAGUACGGGACACGACGAGGCGCUGAACACGGUGGUGAUGCCGAUGGUCAACAACGACAUGUGCUCGCAGAUCAAGGGCGACGCCGGCGACAGCAGGAUCUGCGCCGGAGGCCGGAGGGGCCAAGGCGUCUGCGACCGAGACAACGGCGGUCCGUUGGUUUGCCAGGAGCACGAGCGCAAAGUCAUAAUCGGCGUGAGCAUCCAAAGGACAAAGUGCGCCUCGUCGCAGCCGGCGCUUUUCGUGAACGUGGCUUUCUACUCGGAGUGGAUAUACAAAGUGUUUAAGCUCUACCCCAGCCCAGAGAGGAACUGAUCAGGACCGUGUCGCAGCCUGCAGGAGGAGGACUCCGCUCGGGCCAGAAACACGGAGGGAGACCUCUCCAAGGCGAAGACAUCACCUUCUGGAAAGUGGCCGUUUUGGGAUUCCGCAGCUGAACUUGUCAUUUAACGGAGAGCGAGAGGCCUUUCUGAGCUGGAAUCUCAUAUUUUCUCCCGCAUUGCAAAUGGAGAGAUCCAAGUAGUUAGCCUUAAUACCGCUUUACAACCAAAGUCCUGGGCACAUGAACGGUGUAAUGAUCCUGUUUGGACUUGUUUAGAGUUUUUGAAGCCAUGCAAACGGACGAUGAGACUCUCGUGAUUCAGUAUCUCCUGGAAUUUACUUGAACCCAACUUUUGGAGGCUACCGCCUGACGUAGCUUCUUAAACUGGGAUUUUCUAUCUUCUUAUACCUUUUUUUUUUUAAAUAACAUAUCGAGCUGGACUACGAAAUGUGUAUUUUUUAUUUUUAGCAACGUGGACAAAUGGCUUCCUCAACAAAAUGAUUCUAGAAUAAUUCACAAAGGAAGAUAAAAGUCAAGAUGAGGUGACCUGUAUGUCUUGGAAAUCCAGCAAAAAAAAAAAAUCUUUCUUCUAAAAAAUCCACUCUUCCCAGCUUUGGCAGACCCUGGCAGUGCUAAUUGUGAGCAGUAGCCGAACUACCUUUUCCCCAGUUAGCUGUAACCGUCAGUUCCCCCACGAGAGGAUCUAAGUAGGACUGAGCAAACGGCUCCCAAAUCUUAUGCUAAUAUUUGUAGCAUGAGAGAGAGAAAAGCCAUGCCAAAUAUAACAUGGCUAUUUGGUCUCCGGUUCGGAGGGAACUGUGGCCCCUGGCGGGCUGUGUGUGGUCAGUAGGAUAUUUUAUUUUAUUAUUUUUGUUUCACGGAAAGUGACGCCGUUUGUACAUACCUGCAGAUUUAUAAUGUUUCUGCUGUGUUGUAAGAUUUUAUAGGUCUUAUAGAUCUGGAGUGCGUUCCUUUGGCUUCUUUUUUGCAUCUGAGUGAGUCGUAUUUAAAGAGAUCCGAGUAGUAUUGAUGUAUAUUUAUUUUUUUCUAACUGAGCAGAAAAUGAACAGUUUGAACAGGAAAUCAUAUUUUGAUGUGAUAUUUAAAUAGUAGUUUUGAUUUUCUGAGACUUAUAGGCCCAUAAAUCUGCAACGUACUGAAGUUACUGAUGUCGUAUAUCUAUAAUUUGGCCACAUUUUUCUUGAACUGAGGAUGCCUGUUUCAUGCUUUUCUCUCCAAAGACACAAUUCAAGAAAGUGAAAGUGGUUUUAUGGAAGUUGCAGUUUUUGAUUCGACUCUUCCAACAAACAUUGAGGCAAAUUCAGGCUUGAAUAUGAUUUAUUGUCUUUGAAUAGCAACAUAAGCAGGGGUAUCAGGAGUUUUGACUCAUGCUGUUGUUGGACUACAAACAUGUGAAUUAAUGUUUUGCUCUAAAGAAUCAGAUUUCAUCUUUUUCUAAUUAGCAAAAACUUGACCUGAAAGGCCAGAUAAUGACCAUCUUCUCCCUUUUAUGAGGAAAAAACACAUUAUUCACUUCUGUUUUCGGAUCUAAGAUGACGUGGAAAAUGCCGCCAUUGCCAGCAAUAAACAAAUAUAAUUUAUUUGGGCUUCAAGGAAGAGGACUGUGUUUUCCCAUCAACAAGUAAAUGAUUGGCCACCUUCAAGAAUUAAACAAAUUACCUGGAUCGCCCGUAACAUUAUGACCACGUGCCUGAUGUUUUACUGGUGCCUGCUUUCUGAACCUUUCUCUCACCUCAGAUCGCCGGAUGAAAUAAAGCAAUCUCCAAAUCAUUUAUGGUAUUGUGACAUAGGUCAGAUAAACCUCCCAGUCAGCCCUGUUUACCCUACUCAUUCCAACGUAUGUGGUCUUACGGUAUAUAUUUGGUUGAGGCACUUAGAAGAACGUAGCGGCUGAACCUCCUGCCUCCUACACAGUGGUGUAGUAUAUAUUAAGCACACAUACGACAUUCAUCAACUUGCAGUGCCUCAACACUGCUGCCCAAUGAGGCACGGCUUAAAUUUGACGUAACGCUCAUCAAAGUCCUGUGAGAGGCGAAGCUGCCUAUAACUCAAUAACCGUUUUAAUCAGUGUUCAUAAUGUUCUGGCCGAUCGGUGGAAAUACAGGUAAAACAAGCAAACAGGUAAUAACCAUCAAGUAUCCACGCCCCUUUGGUGUUUUAUGUUAUUUAAUUGACCUUUGUGUAAAACGUGUAAAUUAUCCUUUGUAAUUUUUGUAAAUAUCUCACUGAAAUAUUUCUAUCUCAUCAUCAUUCUUUUGUCUAUAUGUUUGUAUACUGUAAACUUUGAAUAUAACGGCUGCUAUUUCCUGUUAGUUGUUUUAUAUCAUUGACCUGUUCUGGAUUUUUUUUUUUUUUUUUUAUAGCCUUUGUAUUAUUCCCAUUUUAAUAAACAACUUG